AUGCCGUUCAAGCCUGGAUCGAAGCUGUUAAUUGAGGUGCUGAGCCCUUGCCCUGUCGCUGCAGCUUCAACCAGAAGGUGUCACUCCAUCUAUAAGGGUUUCGCUCAGUGUCUGAUGGCUCUGGGCGACAGUUUGACGGACAACGCCCGCAAGGAUGAAGACACACAUGAGAUACACUCCAUCUGCAGGUCAUGGGAUGAGUUCCACGAUUGUGCCAACGUGGCGAUGGCUGGCUGUCCGGAAGAAGCAGCAGCUGUCUGGGAGUCUCUGCGUCAGGAGUCCAAGAAGAUGCAGUUCUCAGGGAACCUCUACGACAUGUGCUCCAAACGCAACAGCCUCCCAAUAGCUUCGGUAUCCCCACACGGCUCGCCCAACCAGGAAGAGAUCAACCAAGAGUCCCUAAGAGGGCGUGCCGGUCAUUUCUUCCCCCACUGUCUCAUGCUACUGUCUCCUCUGCUGCUGCUGCUGCUGUUUUGGAUAUAA